AUGUAUCAACUUCAUGUACGCGUUGUUGAGGCAAAGGAGCUUCCAAAGAUGGACACUUUUGGCAAGUGUGAUGCCUUUGCGAUCUUACAGUUGAAUUCAUCAAGAAAUAUUCACAGAACAAAAGUUAUCGAAAAAACUUAUACUCCUGUUUGGAAUGAAGAGUUUCAUAUUCCAUUAGAAGAUGUUACUAUUGAUACCUUAACAGUAUUCUUAAAAGAUGAAGAUAAGGGUAGUAGCGAUGAUCCGAUCAGUUUAAUUAAAAUCCCAAUAAACCAAUUUCCGCUGGGAGAAGUUGUUGAUAAAUGGUAUUCCCUCAUUCCUGUGAAAGGUGUGAAGAAAGGUGGUCAGAUCAGGCUUACAAUUCAUAUUGCCCCAUUAGGAGCUACACCAUUCCAGAAAACAGACUUAGCAGCAUUCAAAUCGCAGCAACAACAAGCUCAAAUAAAUGCACCUGCUCAAGCACAACAACCUCAACAGGCUAUACAAGGAAUUCCACCACCACUGGCAGGAAUGUAUCCACCAAAUAUGGGUUAUCCAUACCCGAUGCAACCUGGAAUGUACCCUCCACCACCACCAGGCAUGUACCCACCUCCUGGAAUGUAUCCGCCACCAGGUUAUCCUCCACAGGCAGGCUAUAUGUAUCCUCAAGGAGUUUAUCCUCCUCGGAAGUGA